AUGUCGGUUUCUGCCGUGCGGGGUAGUACCGACGGCUGCUUCGCUGCUUCGCCAACUUCGAUGUCUCAACUGCCGAGAGAAUCCGAGCAGGCCCCGGGGCCAGGGUCGGAAGAGCGGCAGGAGAAAGCUGGAGAGACUGACAGGAACUCGGGAAGUCGUGGUCAUGCAGAGGGUUGGCCUUGCAGCCAGGAGACUCAGGAGCCCUUCCCAGCCUUGGAGGUGGAUCAGGGCCUGCAAUCCUGUCCCAGCACCGUGAGCCUCAACAGGCCCCAGGAGGAGAAUCCUCAGGGAGACGCAGGGAGAACAGGGCGGAAGCUCACAGUGAGAGAUGCUUUCAAAGACAUUUCCAUAUACUUCUCCAAGGAAAAAUGGGGGGAGAUGGGAAAAUGGGAGAAAAUUUGCUAUAGGAAUGUGAAAAGGAACCAUAAUGAGCUGAUUAAUAUAGGUCGCACAGCCCCUCGAGCAGCUGUCACGAGUCACCGAAGGCAGGCCAAGCUCCGUGUGGAUGACACUGACGAUUCUGAUGAAGAAUGGACACCUAGGCAGAAAGCCAAACCUCAUCGGGGGGCCCGCAGAGUGGAAAAGAGUCAACACCAGACGGGAAUGUCCAGGGCACCAUUAAGUAAUGAAUCUACAUUGAAGAAAUUGUCAGAAACAACAGGUUUACUAAAAAGAAGGGACUCACAGAAGGCCCAGAAACGAGUGUCCCGUCCUGCAGAAGCGAGUACCUCUGGACUGCCCUCUGGACAAAAAUUGGAACUCAGAACAGAAGAAACUGAAACGAAGACGUACUGCCUGCGAGAAAGAAAGGAUUGUACAUACGAAGAGGUCGAUGAGCCUCAGGAUGAUGACAUCCUGUAUUGUGAGAAAUGCCAGGAGAUCUUUAUCGACAGCUGUCCGGCUCAUGGACCCCCUACAUUUGUAAAGGACACUGCAGUGGACAAGGGGCAUCCCGACCGCUCAGCCCUCACUUUGCCCCCUGGGCUGAGAAUUGGGCCAUCGGGCAUCCCCGAGGCCGGGCUUGGAGUAUGGAAUGAGACAUCCGAUCUGCCGUUGGAUCUGCACUUUGGCCCCUAUGAGGGCCAGAUCGUAGAAAAUGAACAGGAAGCCAACAACGGCUACUCCUGGCAGCUGAGAAGGGCCUAUCUUACCCCAUCUUCUGGCUUCCUAUACCCCUUCUCUGCCUUUGGUGGGACAUCCCCUUCUACAUGCUAG